ACCCGAGUUCAAAACCAAAUAUAUCUUUUUCAUAUACCGAUAACCGAUCGCGCACAUUUGGAGAUCUUGGACUGCCCUUAAACAGUCACACUUAAACAUUGUGUUGCAUUUUUCUAAAGGUUUGGAUUAGAAAGAUAUUGGCGCGUCUUUUGCAGAGUUUUGCGACCGACUUUAAGUGCAAUAAAGAGCGGAUUAGUGCAGAGCACCUAACCCGUAACCAUGGACAAGUUCCUGCUGCGCAAUCCGACGUGGAAGACAAAGACAUAUGGCUCGGUCGUGGCUAGUUCCAGUUCCUCGGUCGCCGCCAAGAAAAUAGCGGCGUCACCCAUCCGCCGGCCGUUGCAGGAUUCAAAUCUUGGGGACACCAGGUCUAAGCCAACUACUACCCUGCCUUCGAAAUCUCAAUCUCAGGCUCUGGCAGAUGACCAGAAGGCCAGGGAUCAGCUGAUGCUCAAGCAAAACCUAGCCGCCAUCAAAGCUACCAGUCAGCACCGCUCCGAGUUCCAGAAGGACCAGAAUCAAGACGAGGCGACAGCACCGGAAGCAGCUCAAGUUCCUCCGAGCAGGAUAGCUACGCCCACCAGGCAGGAAGGACAGUGGGCACGACUGCAGCAAGAUCUCAACAGCCCCAAUGCUGCACUGCGUCUGCGCGCCAUACGUGCCUUAAAGAGCCCCACUAAGUCGGCGUACAAUACAUUCGAUGUGCCAAUUGCCGAGCAAAGCAUCAUUACAAUGGAAGAACGCAAUCCACCACAGCCACUUAGCUUACCUGAAUUGCUCAAAGACAUCGUCGUCUACGUGGAGGUGCGAACUGGCAACGACAAUCGUUCAGAGGGCGUAAAAACAAUCAUUUCCAAAAUGGGAGCCCAAGUCAAAGAUCGCCUAACGCGCACCACCACACAUGUCGUCUUCAAGGAUGGUCUGCUGUCCACUUACAAAAAGGCAGUCGAGUGGAAAAUACCAGUCGUCUCAAUAUUGUGGAUUGAGGCCUGCAAAGUGCAGCGCAAAAUAUGCGAUCCCAGCCAAUUUCCCAUCAGCAAUAUACGAAUGUACGAGUAUCCAGAACUCUUCGGUAAAAUACCGCGUGUUAAAUUUAUGCAGCCGGAUUCUGAGUUGAGUCAGAAACCACGUAAACGCCAAGGAACUCCAACAUCUUCCAAGGAUAAUGAGUCAGGAUCCGCCAAAAAGCGUGCACUUCCGGAAACUCCUACAACCACCACACCAAAGAAUGACAUCAGCCGUUUCUUCAGGAGCCUUAACCGAAAACCUUCAAAUGAUGAGGGAGUCGAGUCACCAGCCACCAAACUACUCAACAGAAUAAGCAGUGGUUGCUACACUCCUUUGGGGGCAGUUGGUGUUUCCCAGCAGAAGGAAACCAAUGGAAGCGGAGAUGCUGGAACCGAAAAAGUGCAAGCCCAAAAGAGUUUGCAGUUUGGAGAGCAGGCCGGCAACAAUACACCUCAGCCGAAUCCUUCCAGCACUACACGCCCACGGCGGAGCACAGUGGAACCGCCACCGGUAAUGACGCCACCAGUGCGUACAAGUCGACGUCGCAGCUGUGUGGCCGAAAUCGGCAGUCCCGCGGCAUUGGAACCAAAAAUGACUCGACGCCGGAGCUCACUCCACGUUAGCGUAGUCGUCAAAUCAAUACAAGAAGACCCAUCCACAGCUUUAGAGCCCAGAAUGACUCGUCGCAGGAGCUCAUUACUAUUGGCUUCCACGCCAACAGAGGAAUCAGAGCAAAAGCAGAUCAUAGAGACCAUAGCCGAGGAGCUGGCUCCCAUUCAAGAGAACAGAAAUUCAAUUGUUAUGACCCAAAAAAAGAUAAUCAAUCAAACGGAUAUUGUUGAGCAAUCAAUUGAAAUGUCCGCAGUUGAGUCGGAACCUUCUUACAAAGCUGACAGGCGUGGCACGCUCUAUGCCGCUGAAAGUAUGGAUAUAAGUGCAUCUCGACGUCGCAGCGUGGCCACAUCAAGCUCAGAUCUGACUAACGUGACUACCCAGACUUCGAUCUCCAACGUGGAGGAGCCACUGACUCCUCUGUUCAGUUCAACGCGACUGCCGAGCGGUCAAUCCACAGGAAACCGGAGACGCACCAUCUUCAACCUGGACAUGGAAGUGAUAAACGAAAGCAUCGAAAGACUGAACCAAUCGCAUCGCAGAUCCCUAGCUUUGGCAAACGAAGCAGAAUUGGGCGAGUGUCGCCAAGUUACACAAGAACCACCGCAGGCGGAAGCGAACUUAUCGCAAGAACCGAAAAGGCGGCGCCUUUUCAACCCAAACGACGAGGUUGUCAUUUCACCACCGAAGAGCAGUAGGAAGAGUCGUCUCAGCAUAAUUGGUUCAUCCAGCUCAGUCCAAAAGCGUCGACGUUCGCUUGCCACUCCUGCCAAAACCUCGUCUUCGGAGAUGUGUAUCCCUGUCCCCGUUCCCAACCCCAUUACAACCAUUCAGGGUGAAAACUCCAAUAAAAAAGAGACACCUGAGGCUUCCAUCAAUGGCGAUCUUGAGCUAGAGAAUUCCAUAUCAACUGCUGAGGAAGCGAACGACAAACCAAAGAGCAAGCCGCGUUCACGUACUCGCACUCUAGUACACACCAACAUGCGUAAGGAGCAGGUCCAGGUUAUCCAAAAGGCCCUGCGCAAGUUACGCGGCAUGCGGCAUGAAUUGACCGUAACCGAGCGCACCACCCACCUGGUUAGCCUGGAGCCGCGCCGAACCCUGAAUCUCCUGCGCGGCUUGAUGCGCGGAGUCUGGAUCGUUAGUUAUCAAUGGGUAUUAGCAUCAAUACGGGCCGGCAAGUGGAUCAGAGAAGAGCCCUACGAGCUAACAAGGUUUUCUCGAGCCAUCGAGAUUUGCCGUACUGAAAGGCAAGCCUUUGGUAAAUACUACAAGUGCGAGUUGUUCCGUUUCAUGGAGCCCUUUUAUGUGUCAUCCCUUUGCCGGCCAAUGCAAUUCAACAAUAUGAAGGAGUUGCUCAUUCUAGGUGGCGCCACUUUGACCGAAAAUCGCUUUAAGGCUAAAUACGUAAUUGGGGACAAGCGACGAGCCGAGGAUGAGCGAAUCUACUUGGAUGCCUUUUGGGUGCUAGACAGCAUCACUUGCAUGCAAAUCCAGAAGUUUGGGAAAUACCUAAUGAAAAGUGCCAUAAUCACGGCCGGGGGCAUCAGGUACGAGGAUCCUAGAGAGCGUGAUGAGGACAGCCAUUCGCAUAGACGACAUGACUACGUCGACCCACCCUUGGUGAUGGACAAAUAAAGCUUGACGGCGGCUUUUCACCUUACAAAAUUAACUAUCGCACUUAGAGGACCGUUUUCCAUAUCUGUUUCGCCUUCUUUGUUGCGCUACAAUUUUUAAACCUCCCUAUGUAAAUAUAAUUAUAUACAUUAGAUAAUUUUAUUUUGAUUUGACUGAUUUUAA